AAAAAUAUGUGGUUACAUGUAUUUACUCUUUGUAUUGUACCUUUUGCUGUUAAACAUAUAGCAUUUAGACAUAUUUUUUAGAACAUUUUACAAAGAAAGAUUAAAAAUGAUUUAAAAUUUUCAAGUUCAUAUAUCUUUAAGUGAAGCAUCCAUCUAUACAUUAAAUCAAGCCUAUUAUGAUCAUGUGGAAGCUUCUCAAUGGGCUUCUACUGUACGUUACGUCAGGGUCAUGAGUCAGUAGUUUGAACAAUAGGGGCCUUCAUGCAGUCUUUGGGUCUGUUCAGGUAUAAAUAUAGGGGCUUGAAACUGGUAGACCAACAGUUCACCAACCGAUCUCUGAGAGGCCUGAAAAAUCAACGCAGCCAUCAUGAUGGGCAAGGUAUAUACUGUCUAUAGCGUAUUAACGUAAAUGAUUAAUUUGCGUUAAUAUAAUGACAUGAUACAGAUUAAGCCAACCAGUGCCAUUAAAGCCACAUUAUUUUUGUUUCAGAUCACUUUCUACGAGGAGAAGAACUUCCAGGGUCGCUCCUAUGAGUGCAUGAGCGACUGCUCCGACAUGUCCUCCUACAUGAGCAGGUGCCAGUCCUGCAGGGUGGAGAGCGGCUGCUUCAUGCUCUAUGAGAAAAACAACUACAUGGGCCAGCAGUUCUUCAUGAGGAGGGGAGAGUACAACGACAUGCACCGCAUGCAGAGCAUGGGAAUGAUGUUUGACAACAUCAGGUCCUGCAGAAUGAUCCCCUUUCACAGAGGCCAGUUCAGGAUGAAGAUCUACGAGAGGGAGAACUUCGGUGGUCAGUUCAAUGAGAUGAUGGACGACUGUGACAACAUCCAGGAUCGUUACCGCAUGUCCGACUGCCAGUCCUGCCAUGUGAUGGACGGACACUGGCUGAUGUACGAGCAGCCCCACUACAAGGGAAGGAUGAUGUACAUGAGGCCCGGAGAGUACAGGAGCUUCAGGGAUAUGAUGAGCUGCCAGAGGUACAUGAGCAUGAGGCGUAUCACUGACAUGUGUUAAGUUUUCUCAUCAAUAAAACAUGAUCUGACUGAAAUGUGCUGGAUUUCUUGCUGCUAAUUACAACUUCAUAUCACCUAACUAUCCAAAAAAAUUACUGUAGAUAGCCAUUAUGAUUAAAAUCAUGUGAUGGUAUCUUAAAGGAUAUGGGGUACAAAAGUAAUUGCAAUACAAAACAUAUUUUGGU